AUGGAGCAAGCCGCCCUGCCGCAGGUUCCCCGCGUCAAGCUCGGCACGCAGGGGCUGGAGGUGUCGAAGCUGGGGUUCGGGUGCAUGGGGCUCACGGGCUCCUACAACGCGCCGCUCGGCGAGGAGGCCGUCGCCGCCGUCGUCGCGCACGCCUUCCGCCGCGGGGUCACCUUCUUCGACACCUCCGACGCCUACGGGCCCCACACCAACGAGACCCUCCUGGGAAAGGCGCUCAAGCAGCUGCCGCGGGAGCAGGUGCAGGUGGCCACCAAGUUCGGGAUAGGGCAGGGCGCCGCCGGCAUGACCGUGUGCGGCACGCCCGAGUACGUGCGCGCCUGCUGCGAGGCCAGCCUGCGCCGCCUCGACGCCGGCUACAUCGACCUCUACUACCAGCACCGCGUCGACACCACCGUCCCCAUCGAGGACACGAUUGGUGAGCUCAAGAAGCUGGUGGAGGAGGGGAAGGUCAAGUACAUCGGCUUGUCGGAGGCGAGUCCGGACACGAUCCGCCGCGCGCACGCCGUGCAUCCCAUCACCGCUGUGCAGAUGGAGUGGUCGCUCUGGUCCCGUGACAUCGAGCCCGAGAUUCUGCCACUCUGCAGAGAACUGGGCAUUGGAAUUGUGCCCUACAGUCCUAUUGGCCGUGGGUUUUUCGGUGGGAGAGGAGUGAAAGAACAAGUGUCCGCUGAAUCUGUUCUGCAUGGGCACCCAAGGUUUGCAGCAGAAAAUUUGGAGAGGAACAAGCAAAUUUAUCUGCGAAUGGAAGAACUGGCCAAUAAGCACCAUUGCAGCCCUGCUCAGCUGGCUUUAGCAUGGGUUCUGCAUCAAGGAGAUGAUGUGGUUCCUAUACCAGGGACAACCAAAAUCAAGAAUCUGGAUUCCAACAUUGACUCCUUGAAGGUGAAACUGACAGAUGAAGAUCUGAAAGAAAUGGGCAGCCAGAUACGUGAAGAAGAUGUGGCUGGUGGAAGACAAUUCGCUUCCUUUGAACAUGCCACCUGGAAGUAUGCUGAUACACCAAAGAAGCAGAGCUAA